AUGGCGCCAUCGCCAACUUUUGCCAUCUCAAUCUCCCGCACGACUCCGAGUCCCCCGACCUUGCUCGUCUUCACGAUGCCGGGCCCGCGCCUCCCCCCAGCGCUGCAGGUCUUUCCCACGCUGCAGCGGUUCCCCGCGCUGCGUCCGCGCCGACAGCAGUCCCACGUGCCCAUCGGCUGCAAGUCCUCCGGCCCCGCCCCGAGCCCCGACGAUGCGAGCCUGCAGCUCAGCGCGCUGCACCUGUACCAUGACCUUGGCGUGCUCAUCUUUGCAGGCGCCUCGCCGCGGCAGACGGAGCGCAUCGGAGACAUACUGCGGCAGGUGGUCGCGUGGGGAGGCCCCGGGGCCGCGGCGGCACGGCUGGGAUGGGGCGGAGGCGGCGACGGUGCGCUGCACAAGCGCGAGGGGACGCUCACGAGGGCAGACGUGUUUGACGCCGUGGAGUCGCGGAGGGCCGGUGUUGUCAGGCCCGAGGCGCUGCUGCGGAUGGCCACGGCGCGGUUUCGCGCGAUGCUCGAAGAGCAGAUAUCCAAGGUGCAGCCGCCACUAAAGAAGGUGCAUAUCCAAGAGACACAGGUCAUGAUACCGGGCAUGCCGCUCCCGAACGGCACAUUGCACCAAACCGUCUCUGGGCUCAGGCCGCUGCCCGUCGACUCGCUCGCCACGGUGGGCGUCGACCGGGCGACCGGCCGCGCUGUGGGCGAGGCGCGCUUCUUCGCGGCGGGCACGGGGGCGUACGUGGGCGCCGCACGUGUUGACUAUGUUGUAUAUCACUACGACGAGACGGCGCGGGCGAUGCGGCCGUUCUGGGCACACGGCAGGCUGGCUCGGCGCAAGCCUGGUGGCGCCGAGGCUCGGGCCUCCAACCACGAGGUCAGGGCGCUGGCGCUGGAGCCUCUGUGGGAGCUGGAGCGUGAGAUCUGGGCGGAGCGAGCGGACGCGCUGGCCUCGGAGAGCAGUUGA